UAACACCAUCAUCUGUUUUUCUGCAGGCAUUUAAACGCCGCCUUUUCAUCUAUUUCUACCACAAAGAUCCCCUUCUCCACUGAGAAACUAACACACAAUGAAACAUUUGGCGUUGCCUUUUCUUCUAGCUCUUCUCUUCGGCCAUCAUCUUCUUACCGUCCAUGUUGAAGCAGGGGAUGAUUUCAUACGGACCCGAGGUGUCAAUUUCUACUUAAACGGCAACCCUUACUUUGCAAAUGGUUUCAAUGCCUACUGGUUGAUGUAUAUGGCCUCUGACCCAUCUCAGAGGCUUAAAGUCUCCGCCGCAUUUCGUGACGCAGCCACUCAUGGUCUCACAGUGGCUAGAACUUGGGCUUUCAGCGAUGGUGGUUACAGACCUUUACAGUAUGCCCCAGGUUCCUACAACGAACAAAUGUUUAAGGGAUUAGAUUUUGUGAUAGCCGAGGCAAGAAAGUAUAGAAUCAAGCUCAUCCUCGGCUUAGCUAAUAACUAUGAAAGCUUUGGUGGGAAGAAACAAUAUGUAAACUGGGCAAGAAGCCAAGGCCAAUACCUUACAUCUGAUGAUGAUUUCUUCAGAAAUCCUGUUGUUAAGGGCUACUAUAAGAAUCAUGUCAAGACUGUUCUCAACAGAUAUAAUAGCUUUACUGGAAUUCACUACAAAGAUGACCCAACAAUAAUGGCCUGGGAGCUUAUGAAUGAGCCUAGAUGCACAUCUGAUCCUUCUGGCAGAACCAUUCAGGCUUGGAUAAUGGAAAUGGCUUCCCAUGUGAAGUCCAUAGACAGAAAUCACUUGCUUGAAGCUGGUUUGGAAGGAUUUUAUGGACAAUCAACUCCACAGAGGAAGAGACUCAAUCCCAGUUUGGAUGUUGGAACAGAUUUCAUCGCAAAUAAUCAGAUUCCUGGGAUUGAUUUCGCCACAGUCCACUCAUAUCCUGACCAAUGGAGCAGGUUAUCCACCUCAAAUGAACAAUACCAGCUCUCUUUCUUGAACAACUGGCUUGACACUCACAUCCGGGACGCGAAAGUCAUACUCCGAAAGCCGAUACUCGUGGCGGAAUUCGGGAAAUCGUGGAAAGACCCCAGUUUCAGCACUUAUCAGAGGGACCAAGUGUUCAACACAGUCUACAACAAAAUAUACUCGUCGGCUAAAACAGGAGGUCCAGCAUCUGGUGGGCUGUUUUGGCAACUUCUAGCUCAAGGAAUGGAGUCUUUCGGGGAUGGAUACGAGGUAGUUUUGAGUGAGAGGUCCUCCACAGCUAAUGUGAUUGCUCAACAAUCCCACAAACUGGACCAAAUCCGUAAGAUAUUCACUAGGAUGAGAAAUGUGCAGCGGUGGAAGAGGGCAAGAGCCAUGAGAAAGGGUCGAUGGCAUCGUAGAAACAGGGGCAAACGCAUUGGCAACUGAAAA